CGAUUUGCAUCGAGCGGCUGUUCCGACCCAAUCCGACUCUCUGUGCGUCACGAUGCUGGCGGGGACAAGCUCAUUGUUGCUUCGGACGCGCCGUCUUCUCGCCCCUGCGUCUCAAUUCGACAUGUUGGCUUGGAGGAGGAAGCAAAUGGCGCUCCCGCACCAAUCACCAACCGAGUCUUCGUCACUACCGGCUCCGUGGCUCGCGACGGAUGCGGACAUAGGUAUCACGCGCGUCUCGGCGUCUGCAGCCAAGAGCGAGCACUGGAGCUACGAGAUCUCGCUGCGGUUCCCUCAAACACGCACUCUGUGGCUCGUACAGCGUUCGUACGCCGACUUCCAGCGCUUCCACGCGUCCAUCGAGAGUUUCUUCCACCAGGUGCUACACGCUCGUCGCAUUCAACUGCCGAAGCCCUCGCGGCUCGGAUGGGACACGUUCCGAGCGCAAUCCACUCGAACGGCAGCAGCGGAUAAGCUGCGCAAGCAGUUAAAUAGUUACCUGCAUAAAUUACUGGAGAUCGAGAGCGUCCACGCUUCCGAUACGUUCCGGGACUUCGUGACGCCUCGACCGGAAUCGGACGACAGUGAAGUAGUACAGGGAGACUGUGUCGAUAAAUUAGAAGGAAGCUCAAGUUUCCGGCGUCUCGGACGCUCGAGUAGCUCGACGAGCAGCAACACGACCAUCAGCUCGCGGGACAGCGUGGACGGUCUUCUGCUCGACCUGCCGGCGCCCUUCCCGUGGCGGGUGCCGCCGCCGGUUGUUGCACCUUCAACAUGUGACGAACUGGUGCAUUUCGGUGGCACCAUCGCGUUGACAGCUCUGGGUGGACUGUCUGUCGGCUUGACAAAGCGCAGUGCCCUCUCUGGAUCGCAGAAAGCGGCAGCGGUGGCUGCGGGAGUGGCCGGCGUGGCCCUGACCGGCCCGUUGUCGGCGGUGUUCGCGUUGAGCGCUCUUGGUGGAGGCGUGGGCAAGUACCAGCUUAACAAGGCGUCGUAUCUCAGUGUCUGUAAGCCGUUGCAUGGCGACGAAGACACAGGGAUCGAGUUUGUGGUUGAAAACGCAGAGCAGUUCUCCGGCCCACGACGUGCGGCCAGAUUUGGAGAUGCCAUCCACUUGUUCUGCCAUAAAGUGCGUAAAUCGGUGCGAAUUGUUGCGGCUCCUGACUCAAAAAGAGGUCAUGCUAUGGUAAGUGGGGGUGACGCUCAUAAGACGACGUUGAGGCUAGUGUCACCAUACGGACACAGUGGACCACUGCGGUGCGGCAGCCAGGUGUACAUGCAGCUCGUGGAUGGCGAGUGGGCCGGUCAAUUGCUUGGUAUGCACGGCGAGUUUAUUACCGCUACAAAAUACUCACCAGCAGUGUUCCGAGUGGGGGCAGUAAGCAACGAACACGAAGCUGCGGACUGUCCUGAGACAACGACAAUGCGUGAACAGCCUGCGGAGCUGGAAGAGCGGUUAUCUGUCCCUUUGAUGCCAAAGAGCGCGAUUCCAUUCAAGUUGCGUGUCAUGGUGUACAACGUCUGGCUGCUGCCUAGUUUCGUGUCGUCUUUCAACGAGAAAGUGUCUCCAUGGGCUUCUCAGCGUGCUUCCGCCAUCCCGCGUUGUCUCGCGUCGCUGGAUGUGGACGUGGUGAUAUUCUGUGAAGCCUUUUGCAGUUCUGCUCGUGAGAAACUGGUGUCUGGAAUGAAGUCACAAGGCUUUAUCUACGAGACCAAGAUCGUGGGAGAUGUAUCACUUCUAGGCUCCAAGAAGGCGAUCGACGGUGGGUGCUUCGCUAUGAGCAAAUACCCUCUCACCAACUGCGAAGAAGUGACGUUCGGUAACGUUGCAUCCGGUGAAGAUCGAUACGCGGACAAAGGAGUUAUUUACUUCCAAGUACGCAUGCCGGUUAAAAGCUUCUCAGGCUCUGAUGCCACCCAAACAGUGCAUAUCGUGGGGACACAUUUGCAGGCCUGGGAAACUCCGCUUGCUGUUGCCACAAGGAACUGCCAAUUGACUCUGAUGCGCGACUUUGUGAACUCUUUACGUCUUCCAAAGCACGAACCGGUAAUUUAUGCGGGAGAUAUGAAUGUCAACAAGCACGCCGACGGUGCACAGACAUCCGACGGAGAGUACACAGGUAUGCUGGGUCUACUGGGAGUGGAUGACCCCCAGCUUCGUGAAAAGUCUCCGAUUUACAGCUUCGAUCCCCACACAAACAGUCUCGCUGUGGAUGGCCCAAGCUCUGGAGGUAUUGCAGAACGUCUGGACUACGUUAUGGUAGACCGCAGCCAUCGCCGACCUGUAGCUGCUUCAACUGAAAUCGUGCAACUUAAGGCUACGAGGAAUUGGGCUCCAUCUCGAGGUGCCAGCGACGAAGUCCUAGUAGAUCUAUCCGACCACUACCCAGUUGUUGGGGACUUCCACUUCUAGCGGGUUAAACUAAAGAGCAAGUAAUUUAUUUCCGGAAAAACAAAAACGUAAAAGGAACAUGAAGUUGAAGUGGUGCUGCCAACCGGUAUACCGAUUACG